GAUUCCUUCUCCCAUAUUCAAACAAAACAUUGCAAAACCCUCCAUCUGGGGCCUGGAAGCAGCAGCUGACACCAAAAGUGAAUAAAAAAGAGGAACACUCGAGUUGAAGUUGCAGCAGAUCUUGUGAUCAUGGCAGAUGAGGAAGCCAUCAGCCCAGCCCAGAGCCCCUUGGUCGCGGUCACCUUUCAGAGAAAUGUCCACAGGAAGGAGAAGUACCUGGAAGCUGAACCAAAAGCUCUUGGGAUAACUCAGAUCGGCCUCAGUGUGUAUAAGAUCAUCUGUGUUGGCGUGUUUCAGGCUCAAGGCCUGAGUGAACUGUCGACUGACAUACCUUUCUUUAUUGCAUCACUGCUGAUAGUCAUAGCUGGAAAUGUGGCUGUAGCAGCAAAGAACCUCCAUCUGCCCACGCUGAGGGCCUGUUUGGGGAUGCAGAUUGUGGCGUGUGGCGCCUCCAUCUUCAACAUCAUCUGCACUUUGAUCAAAAUGGAACAAAUGUCCUUUUACUGCUGGCGUCAUUACUAUGACAACGAGAGCACCAUGAUGACUUAUAAUGACAUCUGCCACCAGAUCACGAACGUCCAUUCCCACUUCUACGCUGGCGGAGUGCUCAUCCAGGUGACGCUGCUGGCCAUCUCUGCCACUCUGGCAGCCUACAGCUGCAAGGUGGUCAACUGUUGUGGACCUGCUCCAAAAAUCCCAGUGAUCAGCGUACAAACCCCCCCAUCAAACAGCGUGGAGAACGCCCAGAUAAACACACAAGAAUGAUGUGCAGCCACAAAGAAAUCUGCUAAAUAAACCUGUAUCGCUCAGUAUAUUCACAUUAACAUGGACCCAAUAACUUUGUGUGAAUUUUUAAUUAUUUCUGUAUUUCUCAUCUCAGCUGCACUUUUUAACUGAAUGUAUCUGCGCUACUUACCACUGUCCUGCUUUCUGGGUUAUUCCUGGUUUUUCUGUCUUUCUCUUGUCAAUCCCAGAUGGAAACUUUUUUUUCUAUAAACCUGAUCUCUCCUGUUUGUUGAUAAAAGACAACCAUACUACCCAGAGGUGGGGGUGGGGCCCCACCAUCACUGCAGACGCUCCACAUUGUCCCUGCUCUGUCUUGAUUCAGAGUUGGUUGGCCCUCGGAGGCCCCCUCUGACUCAGGGCCACAAACAUUUGCCUGGUUUGCCUGUUGACAAGUGGCUCCUCUGUAUGUGAGGAGUAACUCAAACAAAUCAGCCAUCAUAUUGAAUUAGUUGUUCAUGUUUAAAAAUUGAUUUCUGAAAUUCAGACUAACUAGAGAUCACUAAUACCUGGACUCUGGAGUCUAAAAUUACAGUAAACAGGAAUGAUUUAAACCACCUGUGUUGGUCUGAAUUAGCAGAACUGACGUUUUUCGUGAAACAUGGACCCAGAAAAACCCUGACACCAUUGUGACUGGAAGAUUGUUGACUUGGGAAACAUCUGUCUUAUUAUUACUUGCAAUUUGCUUUUAUCAUUGUCCAUUUUAAAUCUACAUUGUUUUAGAUGUUUUAUUUUUGUGUUUGUUCUUUUGUUCUCUGUAAAACACUUGAUGGUUCUUCUCAUACGUUCAAUAAAGUGAAUGAGCUGUAAA